GUUAAUUCAAUUAUGUAGGUCAUGUUUGAGAAAGAUUUACAGAUUUUCGCGGGGGAUAUAAGUUUACAUGAACUGAACUUGCAAUUACUAUUAUAUUUUGUGUUAUUGAAGAAUGUGUGAUGAGGUUGAUUCAAGUAGGAUGAAUACAGUCAGAGUGAUUACAGUUAGAUCAACUUCAACGUCAUCCCAACAAGAUACUCCCUCAAGUCCGUUAAGAGCCAGUGACACUGGUGGUCGUAAUGCCUUCAGUCAAGGUUCUGAUAUAGAUUCUAAUGAAGAUGAAAUAUCAUGUAAAGAAGAUGAAAAGAUCAAAGAAUUCUUGGAUUCUACUGUUUCUGUUUUUGAACUAAUCGAUCAAACGAGUUAUUUACAAAAAUAUCCAAGCUGGCUUGGAUUUUGUGGUCCAGAAAAUAAAAAGAAAUAUACUCCAACUUAUAUUAAUCGAAAUGAUAAUAUAUGGGAACUCGUAUUUUCUGAACGUGGAUAUGUAGAUAUGUUACUUAUUGUUAGAGAUUUAUAUAUGAAACCUUUUCCGAAAGUUGAUGUUAAUUCAGUAAUUGGUUUAUCUACGGAUCAUUUAUUAGGAGAUACAGAUUUAUGUACAGCUUUAUUCCCAUGUAUUAAUGAACUUGUUGCUUCUCAUGAGAAAAUAUUUCGUGUUCUAGCUGGUUUACAUCUAGAACGUGAUGAUCAUAUUAUACCAUCAUUAGGAGCUUAUUUGGUGCAGUUAUUUGACCAAGAAAGUCUUUCAUCUUUAUCUCAGUUAUAUGGCCAUUUUUUAUAUGCACAAAAACGUAUUCGCCAACGUUUACAAGCCUGUAAAAAUCAUGCACGAAUUGCAGCUUUCUUUCAGCAAGUGAUACAGAAUCCUCGUAGUUCACGUAAAUCAUUAGAAGAUUGUUAUAUGGUGAUUGUACAACGUUGGACUAAAGUAGAAACGUUACUUGAAUCAAUUAUACGAAAUACAUUAAAUGAUGAUAAAGAAGUUGCAAAUUUAGAAAUUUCUCGUAAAGCAGUCAAAUCAAUAAUAAAAUCUUCAGAAACUAUAUUAACAGAAUUUGAAUAUACUGGGAAAUUGAGAGAAUUUGCCAUGCGCUUAGUUGUAUCCGAUUCUACGACUGGUACAACAAUGAUGUCAUUAUCAAGUAAUAUUUCAUCGGAUGAAAUGCAAUUGCUUAAUGAAUUGAACUCACCAAGUGCAAAGUUAAUUAACCAUGGACGAUUAUAUGCUAAUCCAAUGGUUUCUGGUUGUGGACUACAGUCGAGUACAUCAUAUGAAGUAGAAGGUGUAGCGUUAAAAAGUUGCUUCUUUAUGCUACAAAAGAUACCGGAAUCAAAUCGAUACCAGUUAUUUCGUGGAACAGAAAUGCCUCCUAUUCUUUGGUGGGGUAAACAUUAUGGAUAUUUUAGAAAAUCAGGGGAGAAAGCCAGUUUCGGAUUUUACAUUCUUUUGCAUUCCGCUACCGCCCUUACGUUAUUCCGUUGUGCAACUGUAGAUGAGUUAGCAAGAUGGGAAACUAUUUUCAAUGAUGGUUUUGCUCAAUGGAGAGAGCACAUGGAUACUUUUGAAAGUUUAUCUGAAGAGUUCUCUAAAGCUCGUGAUGAAAUUGCUGAAAAACAAAAACGAACAGAAGGUAUUCUUGAAUUACUAUAUCAAUUAAAUGAUAAACGUCUUACAUUCUGGAAAAUUUGGGAAUUCAUUUCAUCUGUAUUAAUUAAUGAACGUCUAGCUGAAAUGGAAAUGCUAACAUCUAAAACAGAAUCAAUGUCUACAUCAACACAAAAUAAUUCAAAUCGUUCAAGUAUUAAAGUAGACAUAACAUCACCUCCUAUUACACCGAAUAGUAAUAAUAAUAAUAAUAAUGCUCAACAAAUUACUACCAUGGAUACGCUCAAGUUACAGACAUUUAUUUCAAAUCUUGAUACAUAUAAUGAUUUAGAUAAACUUUUUGACUUAUUUCAUGAAUACUUUUAUCGUUUGUCUUUCGCUCUCCUCAGCGGACCGUCUUCCAAUUUAUCCAGAAGUGCCUCAGAUGUAGAUGGUAGCAAACGCCCUCAAACAAAUUUAGUUAAAAAACACGAAACAUUUAGUGCACAUGAUAGUGUACCUGAUGAAUUAGAUAAACUUGUUGAAGAAAUGGCUAAUGAAUUACGAUCGUCAAUCGAUGUUGGUCGUAUGAAAUCAAAGAAGAGAGAUGUUCAUCGACUUAGUGCUACUAUGGCUAGUAUAUUCCGUGCACCUAGUCGGGAUAAAAAUUUUACUUUGAACAAUCAAUCAUCUACAGAUCAUGGUACAAAUGGCUGUGGUAUCAAUACAACUGGAGCAUAUAGAUCUAUUAAACAACGUCAACCUUUACCUUCUUCCUCACGUACUCAACAACAAUCAUCAGGUCCUCCUCUACCUCCACGUCCACCACCUACAGUUUUAGCUAGUUUAAAUCUCACCGGGGGAAGCGGAGCAGGAGUAAGUGUUAAUGAACAACUUUCACCAUCCAGUCAAUUAUCUCUCAAUCCUGACAGUUUAACUGAUGCAUCGAAUUCAUUGAUUGCUUCAGAUCAACCAUCUUCCGAGUCAUUAAUAUUACUUGGGGCAUUAAAUCACAUAGCUGGUGCCCUCUUUCCUCAAAUACAAUUAUUACGUACAGAAAAUGUUGAAUUACGUUCUACUAUUAAUAAAUUAGAAACUGAACAAUCAAAUUGGAAACAUUUUCGUAAUCGUGAUAAUCAAUUAAUUAUACGUAAUACUUCAUUAAAUACUGGUCAUAAUAAUACAAUUCAUUCAGAUCAUUUUAAUAAUUAUUUAAUAGAUAAUACUACAGUAAAACAAGAAACAGAAAAAUUACGUCAAGAUUAUGAAAAUUUUACUAAAAAAUCAAAUGAUUGGGAAAAAGAAUAUCAAAAACAACGUUCUAAUAUUGAAAGAGAACAUAAUAAAAUUGCAAAAGAACGUGAAUUAUUAGAAAAUGAACGUUUAGAAUUAGAGCAUCGUCAACGUCAAUAUGAAGAAUUACGUAGUACAUUACAAGCACAAUUAAAUAUAUAUAAAAAAAUGGGUUUAAAAUUAACACCUGUAAAUAGUACAGAACUGCAAGAACUUCAAGCCAAUUUUUAUACAGAAGAUUGUAAUUCACAAUUAAAUCAAAAUAAUUCCUCUAUAACAACCAAUUCAUUUGAUGAUUAUUUAAAUGAAUUAUCUGGAAAUAAUAAUACUGAAAUUAAUCGAGUCAAUUCUGGUGGUAUCAAUGAUUUUACAAAACCAAUACAUUUUUAUUCAAAUAGUGAUGAUUUAACAGGAUCUCGACGUGCUAUUACUAAUCAUUCUACUGAUGUAAAACAAAGUUAUCUAUAUUCUCCAGAUAUUGAUCAUAAUCCGAAACCAUCACUUGUACCAUCUAGUUCAACACGAAAUGAUCAUGUACCGGUACAUUUACGUGGAAGUUUAGUCAAUCAAAAUAAUAUGCGUGGACAGCCCAGUAGUCCACGUUCAUCAGUUAUUCUAUCAGAUAAUAAUCGUAGUAAUUCAAAUGAAACAUCAAUAUCUAGUGUUAACACUUUAACUCAUGGUAUUGGAAAAUCUAUUCCUAGUUCUUCUUCUUCUUCAUUAUUUACUGAUUCUAAUCCUCUUAUGAAAUUAGUUGAUCAUACAAAAGUACGAACAUCAGGUUCACUUAAUAAAUCAAAAAAAUCUUAUCGUUCUAGAUCACGUCAAAAAGAUACUUAAACUUUAAUUAAUCAUUAAUUGAAUAUAUUUCUUCCUCUUUAUUAUGUUACAUUCAUUUAAUCUACAUUGUGUUUAAUUUAAUUUUUAUUUUGUAGAAUAUUAUACAUUUAUAUUUGUGUAUUAUGAUGAGUUUGUUCUUAUUCAAUGAAAUAUUUUAUUCUUUAAUAUUUCUGAAACAUUUCCUUCUUCAAUUGAUUAUGUAAUGAUUGUUUAAUUGUCAGAUUUACUGAUAUCACCUAAUCAACUUAUCAAUGGUCUAUAUACUUAUAUAUAUAUAUAUAUAUAUAUA